UGUGCCUUAAGGAAAUGGGGUUGACAAAGUUUUUGCUAGCACUAUGCUUCAUAGGCUUAACCCUACCUCAUUUCUCCCUAGCCAAAAAUGGCCGCGGACUCGGCCGCCAGCGCUUCCUCGACGGACACAACAAGGCUCGUGCCGAGGUCGGUGUUCCGCCGCUUACGUGGAACCACACCCUUGCGGUCUACGCUAAAAAUUAUGCUAAUUCGAGGAUCCAAGACUGCAAAUUGGAACAUUCAGAUUACAAUGCUGUAGAUUAUGGAGAAUGUAUUGCCGAAGGCUAUGAUGUGUUGAAGCCUCAAGAUGCAGUGAAGGCGUGGGUGGCUGAGAAGCCAAACUAUGACCAUGCAUCCAACAAAUGUGUUGGUGGUGAGUGCGGCCACUACACCCAGGUGGUUUGGCGUGACACAAAAUAUCUUGGGUGUGCCAGGGCCAAGUGCAAAAAUGGCUGGAUGUUUGUCACUUGCAACUAUUAUCCUCCAGGAAAUUACGAAGGAGAGCGUCCGUACUAGUAAUCCAUUUGAAAACCCCAGGCCAUCCUAAUUAAUAUGAUAUUUUUGUAAUUUUCAUUAUGUAUAUAUAAUAAGGGGAGAAAAUGAGGAAUAUUAAAUAUUGCUCUUA